GAGCCCCUUCUCAUGCGAGUGCUGCCCAUGAUCCGGUCGAUUCUGGCCGAGGAGGCUUGGGAGCUCCGUGAGCUUGCAGUGCUGGCCCUUGGUGCAGUGGCCGGUGCGAUCAAAUUGAACUCUCUGCUGGUGGUGGAUAUCAAAGCUCUCCUAUCCGCCUGCGAUGCACCACAGGGCCUUCUCCGCUGUACAGCGCUUUGGGCUGCAUCUCGAUUUGUACCGCUGUUGGUGGACCACAAGGAAGCGGUUCUGGAGAGCGAGGAACUUCUGGACCAGAUGCGACAGGUCUUCUUCAGCCGGCUCAAAGACCCGAACGGCAAGGUGAAGUCGGCAGCUGCGACGGGUGUCUGUGAGCUCCUGGAGAAGAACUCGGAGCAGCUGCGACAGCAUGAGGAGUGGAUCCUGGAGGAGAUGCAGAAGGGCCUCCACAGUGCUGCUGGUGCAGGCGGUGGCGCCCUCCCUGCCCUUUGCGACUCUGUCACCACAAUGUUGGAGCUGCGGGCCAGUAAGCGGCUCAAAACCGCUGGGGCAGAUGGGGGACUCUUGGCCGAGCUGAACGCCCAGCUCGACGGGGCGACAGAUGCCGCCACAAGCUGCAUCUUCGAGGCCUUCGCGGCCUUCGCAUCUGGCGGGAGUGAAGAAUUCCUGGCGAUUUGCCCGAAGAUUGCAAGGCACGCGGUUCGAGUGAUUCGCAACGGCAUCUAUCCUGCACCCGCGGCGGCCUCAUGUACGGCUACUGAAGUGCCGCAAGUUGAAGAUGGCAUCCCAGUGACCGUUCGUUCGAUCGCGGGCGCCACGCUCCUCUCUGGGCGCCUGGAUGGGGAUCUCCGCGGCGCUGAACUACGAGACAUGGCGUCGCGGAGCCUCAACGGCAGGCACUGCAAGUUGGUUGUGGCAGACCAGCUCCUGCCAGAGCAGCUGCCGCUCUCAGACUUCUGUGCUCCGGGUGCUCAGAAAGAGUUGAUCCUGACGGCGAUUGUCGUCCCAGCACAUGAAGGCGUGAACGCCGCCCUGGAUUUUCUCGAGCGCGUAGUUGAGGCAAUGGGCGAUAUCCUCUGCAACGAAGCCAGCAUGCCCUGGAAGGAUAUCGUAGCUCUCGCUGUAGAAUGCUUGGAGGAAGAGCACAAGAUGCUGAAGGAGGUGCUUCAAAGCACCUAUUGCUUGCUGGGCACCCUCUGCAAGUCUGAGCAGGAAGUGCUGGAUGCCCACCUGCGAAGUGUUCGGCUGAGACUGCCAAAGCUACUGGUCCCCGGCAUACGGAAGGAAAGCCAGAAGUCGGUUUGCAACAAUGCCAUUUGGGUGACAAUCUGUUGGAAUCGUCUCUUUGCCGAGAUUGAUCUCCCUGUCGAAGACUCCUGCAACCUGGGCGCAGCUCUCCAGCAUCUCGCGAAAUCGGAGGAGUCCUUUCUCCGAGAUCAGAGACGUAUGGCCUGUGCUGCCUGGUCUCUCAUCGCGGCCCGCGUCCCUGAGGUGGCUCGGAAUCUGGAAUCGAUCAUCAAAUGCUGGCUGCAAACCAUGACGACCGGCGAGGACGAGGUGGAUGUUGAGGCAUGGGCUGGUUUUUCUGUGGCUGCAAAGUCUCGGCCAGAGAUAUUGCUCAGCCAUGUCAACGAGCUGACGCGCACCAUCCAGUCGAUUAGGAGAACUGAAGUGCAAUCCAGGCUUAGCCGGAUGGAGCCACAUUUUGAAGAGCUCCUGACACUCUGCAAGACUGCUCGCAAUUCCGAGCAGGAAGCGAUGGAAAGCUAA